UGAAUUAAUUUGAACAAAAAUUUUAGUGAGGGUGGUGUUUUCUCUUGAUCUUCGUCUAUUUUCACAUACCAUCAUUAUUUCGAAAGACAUCCAUUCUUUUUGGUGUGAAGAAGAUCUCAGUGUUUUUGUUGUUUUUGUUGUUGUUGUUCAAUUCAAUUGCAGUUCUAUUUUUACGUUUAACCCUGAUCUGUUUUUCCGUUGGUUGGUUGGUUGAUUGGCAUAGUUUUGUUUUGCUCAGUGUAAUUCUUUCAAGUUUUCAUUUUUGUUUUUCUUAAAUUUUUCUAAAUUUUCACAUUCAAAUUUCAAAUAAAGAUUAUCCAUAACAACAGAAAUCAUGACUUGUUUGGAUCCAACCGGUAGACGGCCAUCAAAAUUUCGUUGUUUAAAAGCAUUUUUCCUAACUAUUUUCGGCAUUACUGGUACACAAUUAUUCCCGCUAAUAUUUCAUUUCAUACGUUUGGUUUCAUAUUUUCUAAUGGAUCGACAAACAUUUCUACCGAAACCAUUACCAAAAGGAAAUUCAUUGUUUGGUUUGGAAAUUUUUCAACAUGAUUUAAAUUUUAAUGAUAAUUCAUCAUCAGUUUAUACGGUACAAGUUAUCGUUGCUGCUAUCGCAUCUAUUUUAAUUGGUCUGACCGGAUUUAUGGCCAUUUGUCGUGAAAAAUUAACAACAAUGAAAAUUUAUUCAUUUAUAAUGUUAUUAAUAACAUUUGUUACCGGGUUUGGUUCAUUUUGUUUACCAAAUUUAGUACAUUGGACAAAUAUUAUUCUGCCAUUAUUAGGUGGUAGUGUAUCAUCAUUAUUAAGUUUUGUAUUUACAUUACUUACACAACAACAAUUGGACCAAGAAAAUCCAUCAUCUUAUCAUAAUUAUUAUCCAUAUAAUAAUCAAUAUAAUUAAAUAAUCA